UGAUAAAAGGAGGGCAGGGACUGCAGAGCUGACCUCCAGGCUGAGUGUGUUGCAAAUCCGACACCAUGGUGUUGUUCGUGGCCUGGACAGGUCUGAUGGCUCUGCUGAUGAUCCCAUGGGGCUCUGCAGAGAAACUGGUCUGCUACUUCACCAACUGGGCCCAGUACAGACAGGGAGCUGCUCGCUUCAUGCCCAGGGAUGUGGACCCCCAUCUGUGCACCCACCUCCUCUAUGCCUUCGCUGGCAUGAACAACCACCAGCUCAGCUCCAUUGAGUGGGACGAUGAGCAGUUCUACCGGGAGUUCAACGGCCUGAAGCAGAUGAAUCCCAAGCUGAAGACACUGCUGGCCAUCGGGGGCUGGAACUUCGGCACCCAGAAGUUCACAGAUAUGGUAGCCACAGCCCACAGCCGGCAGACCUUUGUCAACUCAGCCAUCAAGUUCCUGCGCAAAUAUGACUUUGAUGGCCUUGACCUUGACUGGGAGUACCCAGGAAGCCGGGGGAGCCCUCCCUCGGACAAGCAGCGCUUCACUGACCUGGUGCAGGAUCUGGCCGAUGCCUUCCAGCAGGAAGCCCGGGUCUCAGGGAAGGAACGCCUCCUCCUGAGCGCAGCGGUCCCGGCAGGGCGGCAGUACAUAGAUGCUGGGUACGAGGUGGACAAAAUUGCUCGGAGCCUGGAUUUCAUCAGCCUUAUGGCCUAUGACCUCCAUGGCUCUUGGGAGACAACCACAGGACAUCACAGCGCCCUCUUCAAAAGGCAGGGAGAGAGUGGGGCUGCAGCUGAACUCAACGUGGACUAUGCCGUGCAACAGUGGCUGCAGAAGGGGACCCCUGCCAACAAACUGAUACUUGGCAUGCCUACCUACGGACGGUCCUUCACUCUGGCAUCGACCUCAGACGCCGGAGUGGGGGCCCCCGCCGCGGGGCCGGGAUCCCCUGGUUCCUUCACCAGGGAGGCAGGGUUGCUGGCUUACUAUGAGGUGUGCUCCUGGACCGGGGCUGCUAAGCGCAGAAUCCAGGACCAGAAGGUGCCCUAUGCCUUCCGGGGGGACCAGUGGGUGGGCUUUGAUGACACAGAGAGCUUCAAAACCAAGGUCAGCUAUCUGAAGCAGAAGGGACUAGGUGGGGCCAUGGUCUGGGCGCUCGACAUGGAUGACUUUACUGGCUCCUUCUGUGGCCAGGGCCGGUACCCCCUCAUCAAGACACUGCAGAAGGAGCUAAGUCUUCCACAUAUGCCUUUAGGACCCCCACAGCCUGAGGUUCCCACACGAAGCCAGCCCUCUGAACCUGAGCAUGGCCCUAGCCUUGGACAAGACACCUUCUGCCAGGGCAAAGCUGACGGACUCUACCCCAACCCUUGGGACCGGUCAAGCUACUACAACUGUGCUGGGGGUCGGCUGUUCCAACAAAGCUGCCCAAAGAGUUUGGUGUUCAGCUCCUACUGCAAAUGCUGCACCUGGAGCUGAGUCUCCAAGGUCCUUUCACCCCAGUGCCCAGGUCAGAACCCAGGAUCCCUCUAUAGACUGCCUAUUCAGCUCUUCCUAGGGGCAAAGUCUGACUCCUUCAGCCUCUCUGUGGUGUUUCCAUACCCACGCACCCUGCUCUCAGACCUGGGUUCCUUUCUCUGGUCCUCUUCAGUGGCUUCUUUAA